CUGCAACGCCAUUUGUACUAAAUUACGACAAUCCAAUUCAGAAUGGCAAACACAAAACAGACAAAAAGAAAGAAAAUUGAAACCCUUUGUCCCUUAUGCAAGCACAUGAUAGAUGAAGAUAAGUUUGUAGAACACCUAUUGUUGUGCAAGAAGAAAAGCUUCUGCUGUGUGCUGUGUAAAUUGUUCUUCAAGAAAGAAACCUAUCUGAACAAACACAAGAAAAGAGUACAUGGGUCAACCAGUGAUGCUUUUCCUGGAGGUAGCAAUAUUGAACAAGAAAGUGGAGGUAAGAGUUGUGAUAUUCUCACAGACACUGUGCCAAAGAAUAUGCAAGACAAUAAAAGUGGUCUUGAACAAGAGAGUGGGGAUAAGAGAUGUAAUGUUUCCAGAAACAUUGUGCCAGAGGAUAAACAAGACGAUGACAGCAGUAGUAAUUCCGACUGGGAUCAAGACCCAGAUAUUGAAAUAGACGUUGAAACAUGCGAGAAACAGGAACAAAGUCAAAACACUGCAAAGAAUGAUAAGGCCGGCGAGAAUAAAGAUUCUAGACUUGUAAAUGACAUAAGAGUUGGUAGGAUAUACAGAAAGAGGACGAAUCCAAAUCCAGUUAUUGCUCCUGUAAAAGUAAUGAAAGUGACAGAAGAAAAAGCUGUAGUAAAUACACAAAGUGUAGAUCAGAACGAAAUGUCCGGAGACUUGUCAGAUAAUGACAACAUAGAGCUGUCUGACAGAGAAGAUAGAAAUGAACUUCCAGAAAACCAGGGUACAGAAGAUAGUUCAGUAAAGAAAGAAAAGGAUGGGGGUCAAGAUGAUAGUGUAACCGUACAACAUAGUAACAAAGUCGAAGAAGGCUGCAGUGUAAAAUAUGACUUAGAAAAAGAGAAACUCGAGAUUGAGAAACGUAAACUAGAUCUAGAAAUAGCAAAGUUCGAGUACAAGAAGAGCCUUUUAGAUAAGAUAACAGACUUAGCAUCUAGAAUAUAAGAGAACUGUGUGUAUUGAUACUGUAUAAGACAGUCUUAAUAAGUGUUUACAUUUCUUUGUGUGCUUUCGACAAGCAAUAAGCUUGCAUAUUUUAUUACGAGAAACGUAAUAAAAAUAUUUUGUUUUUGAAAGGUGUUUUGUUUUAUCCAUGCGGGACGCAUGACCUUCGGAGGCAUGGGUAAUGUAACGAAUAUAUUACGGUAGUUCAGUCCAGGAGUAGUAUAAUAAUUAGCUUAGGUAGUUGCAUAGUUGUUUCCCUUUAAUUCUGCAACGCCAUUUGUACUAAAUUACGACAAUCCAAUUCAGGUGGGUAGUUUCACGUUUUGUGGCCAAAAUAUAUAAUCAUUCCUAUAAAUAUUGGUUUUAUUUAUAUCAGAAAUGACAACAUGUAACUUAAGUCAGGUUAGAAUUUGUAUAUACAUUGUAUUUCUGGUGAUACAGGUUCAAAUAGCUAGACGCUAUAUAACGUAAGAAUAACAGACGCUCAUUACUUGAAAUGGUAAGAUAUUAGCCUAUCAGAAUAAAACACUAGAGGGCGCUACAGACAGUCGUUGUAACCACCAGAGGGCGCUACGGAUAGUCGUUAUAAAGUGAGUAUCACUGAAUAUUAAUUCAUUGUUGUGUUGAAUUUCGAAGAGGACGUUUCGGCUGCAUUCUCAUAACGUUAUACCUACUAUACAUUGGCUCAACCGUGUUUUCUAUUGGUGCAUUGUGCCGUAGGAAGGUUGUGUCAAUAAUAGUAGACAGAAAACGAGGUUUGCAGACAAAUAGUUAAGGUACAGGUAGAAGUUUAGAUAGUCUGUUAGUGUUAUAUAGGGACCGAAACCUGUGAUAUAAGUCAUAGAGGACAGAAACCUACAUUGAUCCUUUAUACUAUAUAGGGUCUAAUCAAAAGCUAGAAAGCUUGGAGAAAAAUUAUUUAUACAUUUGCGAGGGAUGCAUGCUUCAUUUACAUUAAUUAAACAUAAUUAUUUCAACAACAUAAUCAUUUAAAAAUCAUUUGUCCAUAAUCAAAUAAUCAUAAGACAAAGAAGUCUGAAGGAAAAUUCUAUAAUAUCAUAUCUAUUCCUCG